AUGACUGCCGGGUACAGUCAUAACGUCCACACAUGCGGCACGGCUGCCAAUUCCAGACAACAGGUCUUGCUAGCUACAGCAUAUAUCAGAGUUGUUUCACCUACUACGGGCCGAUAUCAAAGAGCUAAGGGGCUGAUUGAUCCCGGCUCACAAAGUUCUUUUAUAACAGAGUCACUGGUGCAAGGCUUAAGUUUAAAAAAGGAGAGAAUAGUCGCUGACAUACACGGUGUAUCACAAACAAAUAUUGGCCAAUCAUUGGCUAGGGUCAAAGCAAUAAUUGAAAGUGCAAAUGGCUCUACAGGAGUACAGGUUUCGGGUUUAGGGCUUAAAAGAUUGACGAACUUGUUACCAGAGCGAGACAUCUUCGUGCAAGAGUGGCCACACCUGAAUGGAUUAACUUUAGCUGACCCCGAAAAUUUCAAGAUGGGAAAAAUAGACGUACUCAUCGGUGCUGACGUUUUUGGCCAAAUAAUAUUAGACGGUUUAAGGAAGGGUCCGUUUGGCGCACCGAUUGAUGCGAGAAACAUUUUUGCAGUACACAUUCAAGGUCUGCAUAUGGACGAUACCAGACAACCUAUUUGUGAUUAUAAAUUAACUACCGUGACUUUUGGCACUAAAUCCGCACCCUUUUUAGCUACGCGAGUGUUAAAGCAGCUGGCUACAGAUGAAAGGAUCAGAUAUCCUUCGGCAUCGCAGGUAACAUUAGAGUCCUUUUAUGUUGACGAUUUGCUAUCUGGCGCAGAUUCACUUGAAGAAGCACUACAACUUCAGAAACAACUCAUCAACAUGAUGGCUUCGGGUGGAUUUUCAUUACGUAAGUGGUCAUCAAAUGCGGCACCAUUACUGCAGGCGGUUCCUAAGGAGCACCGAGAAAUUGAAUGGCCUUUGCAAAUAGAGGAUGCAGAAACGGUAAAGACGCUAGGAGUGCAAUGGGACCCAACCAACGACUGCUUCUCGUAUAGAAUUACCAAAUUGGAGGAUGAAGCCUCGAAAUGGACAAAGCGAUCAGUUCUAUCAGAAGUGUCUAAAUUGUUCGAUCCGCUUGGUUGGCUGGCACCCUGUAUCAUUUUGGCCAAGAUAAUGAUACAGAAAUUAUGGCUGUCUCGUUCGGGCUGGGACGAUGAUUUGGAAAAGGCACUACAGGAUGAAUGGCAGAACUACAGAUCCAGUCUUAUGGAAUUAGAAAAGAUUAAGAUUACUAGAUGGUUCAGUUACACCUCGACGGCAUGUAAAAUGGAACUACAUGGUUUUUGCGAUGCUUCAAUUAAAGCGUAUGCGGCAGUUGUCUAUUUGGUAGUCACAAACGAAAGCGGUAACAGGCAAAUUAGUCUUGUGGCGGCAAAGUCAAAAGCAGCUCCAAUAAAGACGAUUUCUUUACCAAGACUAGAGCUGAGUGGAGCAGCAUUGUUAGCAAAAUUAAUAAGACGGAUGAUCUGCGUUUUGAAUAUUACGAACUGGUCAGAGGUACGGGCCUGGACUGAUUCCCAGAUUGUUUUGGCCUGGCUUCAAGGGCAUCCAAGUAAAUGGACUACUUUUGUGGCAAAUCGAACUGCUGAGAUCCACCAUUUAUUAGAAAAGAAUAUAUGGCGACAUGUACCGUCAAAGCAGAACCCAGCAGACUGUGCUUCGCGGGGUGUCCUACCGUCAGAACUGCCGAAUCUGGACUUAUGGUGGCGCGGACCUGAAUGGUUGGGCAUGCCUGAACAAUUUUGGCCUCAUACAGCCACAUGCAAGAGCACCGACGAAGAGGUGCGUAAAUCAGCAACUUGCUACAGUACACUCACUAACGAUCAUCACGAUAACAACAUUCUAGGGUUACAAAAUAGGUUUUCAACAUUUACGAAAUUAAUACGAGUAACUAGCUAUGUGAAAAGAUUUAUGAAUGUUAUUAAGAAAGUCAAGCAUGGUGGCCGUUCUAUAACAGCAACAGAAUUCAAUGCAAGUGUAUUUACAUGGAUACGCAUUGUUCAAGGGCAUCAUUUUGCGCAUGAAAAAUAUGAGCUUCAAAAACGAAAAGUUAUAAAUGGAAAUAGUAGUCUGUCAAAACUGAGCUUUUUUUUAGACGAAAAUGGAAUAUUGCGCAUGGCAGGUCGAUUACGUCACUCAGAAUUAAACUACAAUGAAAGAUUUCCUAUUAUUCUUCCCGAUAAAAGUCCCUUUGUGCGACUAUUGUUGGAAAAGGUUCAUCGCGAAACUUUACAUGGUGGCGCCCAACUUAUGUUGAAUGUGUUAAAUAGGAACUAUUGGAUUACUGGCGCAGGAAACCAGAUUCGACAAGUGAUACAUAAGUGUAUAACAUGCUACAAACAGCGCGCGGCAGUUCAAACCCAAUUAAUGGGUGAUUUGCCAGCUUUUCGAGUCAGGACUGCACGACCAUUCACACAUACUGGAGUUGACUACUGCGGGCCUUUUAAAAUCAAGACUCACAAAGGUAAAAAUCCUAGGAUGUACAAGGCAUACAUUGCAAUUUUCAUAUGCCUCACAGAAAGGGCCAUGCAUAUAGAACUGGUGACGGAUCUUAGUAGUGAAGGCUUCAUCGCGGCUUACAGACGAUUUAGCAGCAGACGUGGCAAAUGUCAAGCUAUCUACUGUGACAACGGCACUAAUUUUGUUGGGGCCAAUAAGGAAAUUGCCAAACAACACAAACAAAUGCUACAGCAAUUAAAAGAAGAGUUGGCGCAGUCGCACGAAAAUGAAGGUGUUGCAUUCCAUUUUAUACCACCGGGCUCACCUCAUUUCGGCGGUUUGUGGGAGGCUGGAGUACGAUCUACCAAGCAACACUUAAGGAGAGUACUCGGCAAUAUUAAAUUAACAUAUGAAGAAUUGACAACUGUUCUAGCUCAAAUUGAAGCCUGUCUAAAUUCUAGGCCUUUAUGCGAGAUCAGGAGAAAUCCAGAAGAUUAUACGGCUCUAACACCUGGGCAUUUUUUGAUUGGCGACGUAAUUGUUACGCCACCUGAACCUUCAAUCUUAGAUCUUGCUGAAAAUCGAUUACAACAACGUCCAAAAUGGACUAAAAGGCAUGACAAUAUGCAAUUGGGAGACUUGGUCCUCCUAAAAGAUGAAAAUUUGCCACCAAGCAGAUGGCUGAUGGGCCGCAUCAUCGAGACUCACCCCGGUCCAGAUGGACUAGUUCGAGUAGUUACCAUCAAGACGAAGAAUGGGACACUAAAACGUUCAAUAGUGAAGAUUUGCUUACUACCAAUACAUUCAAGGGCGAACGAAACCGAAACAUCGCAUUGA